CAACAACAACAACAACCAGCAGCAGCAGCAGCAGCAGCAACAAAAACUGUAUGAGUCACAGUCACAGCGGUUGGAUAAACGGGGUAAAGGUCCCUCUGAUAUGAUCUCUUCAGGCCCUUCUAGACCGCACGAUAUGAAGUCCGGGGAUUUGAUCCCUCUCGACAGCAUCAAGAAGGAAAUAGUGCAUUCUAAAGACGGCUCUAGGCCUGACUCCAGAAUUUCUGUUGGGGGACCUGACGUGAAACGGUACGACGUAAAGGAAGAGAUUGGUUCAAGACCACCCUCUUCUUUGGACAUGAACUCCAAGUCACGACCGCCAAGUCAGUCAAACACAGCAAACAUUCCAGGCGGUGGUGGUGCUCCAUCUUCGUCGUCGUCCUCAUCAUUACCGUCAUCGUCUUCGGCUUCAUUGUUAUCGUCCCAGUCCCUCCCAACCACCCACCCAGCAGCUGUGAUCAACUCCUUGACGCCCCCCACCCCCAUCUCCGGGGCUGGUUUUCCUUAUGCGUCCUACUACCCGCCCCACCCGAUGUACAGGGCGCUGAAUCAUCAUAUUAUCGGAUACGCCGGUGCCCCACCGGGGCCUUACAUCCACCCUUCACAGAUUGGAUAUCGCAUGCCCGGACCUGUCGACGUCGACGGAAAAGUGACGCCCUCGGACGCCACGGCGGCGGGUGUCGGCGGCAAGAGCGGUGGACCUCCUGGAGGAUUACUGGACCCUGUGGAUAGUGUCAAAGGCGGCGCCGCCGGUGGAGCAGGCGUCAUCGCUUCGCCCAGUGACGUCAGCGGAGGAGUACUUGUUGGCAGUGGCGUUCCUUCCUCGUCCGGCGGGUUGGGGGCUCCUCCAGUCCACAAAAUUCACGAACUUCAAGAGAAAGGCCGACCUAGCCCUGGCAUCCGCUCACCCACCCCGUCUAAGUCGGGUAGUGGUGGGGGCGGCGGUGCCGGCGAGACUGGGUCUGGCAGUGGAUCUGGAGGGCCCCCCACCCCUGGAUCCGCGGAUAAGAUUAAGGAAAAGCAACGGGAGUACACGAACUCACCACCCACCCAGAGGCACGUGCACACACACCAUCACACGCACGUGGUGGGCGGAUUCCCCACUCUCUACCCUCCGGAAGCCUACAGUG